AUGUCGGAAGAAGUUGCCCUGGUCAAUGAGGAGCUGGCGCAGAAGCAGCAGGCACUAGAAGCCCUUCAGCGAAACUUCGAUGACUUCCAGGAGUCUAGCCGCGAGCUGGAAGAGGAGCUAGAAGCUGAGCUGGGCAGGACCCAAGACCAGGUGUCGGAGCUCACUAGCCGGCUAGCCGAGGUCGCGGAGCGCCUGGGCGAGCAGCAGGCCAAGAAUCGGGCCAUCAGUGGCGAGGUGGCGGUAGCCCAGGCGGAGACGGCCCGGCUUAAGGCAGCCGCCGUUCGCGCGGCUGCGGAGAAGACCAGCCUGGAGCAAGCCGCUGACGAGCUCGAAGCCAAGUGCAGGGCGGCGAUCGCAGCCGAGGAAGACUCGAGGCAUAAGCUGGACCUCGCCAUCGAGGAGAAGAUCUUCGUCUCGAACGACCUGGAAGACCUUAGGGCGGACACCCUGCGAACCGAGCGACAGCUGAGGUCCGACGUCGAUGACCUUCGACAAGAGCUCGGGCGGCUGCGCAGCAGCAGCAGCAGCAACAACAACAACAACAACAACGGCAGCGAUGCGGGGAGCGGGGCAACCACCACCCGAACCCCUCCCGAGAUGGCCCUCCGUAGACAGCUCUCAUCCCUCUCAGACGCGACACUUUGCGCCGGCGGCCCUAACGCCAACGAAGACGCCGCCACCGUGAUAGAUGGAGACGAGUUGCUCUUGUCGGUGGAGGCCAGGCUGGAGACGGGUGCGGGUCUGGAUGACGGGGCUGGGAUCGCGGAUGAACUCAUCAAGGCGAGAUGCAAGACCUGUUAGUUUCCGUCUGUGUCUCUGCCAUUCACGGUGACUAAAAGGGUUGCGGGUUAAUUCGACCACCCCCCAACUUUUUUUUUUCUUCUCAUGGGUGUACAAUAUACGCUCAUGGUUUUGGGUCAUCGAAGUGAUUCAUCGGAACCCAGGCGAAAAGUACGAUAUGAGAUCAUGUGUUUUGUUUUGUUCUCCUUGCGUAGCGACCCCUGAAACCGCUUUCAAGAAUCUCCGGAAAUGUUCACCGCGCCCACCGACAUCCCGGACUUCUUGGGCUUAUCUUCUGAUUUUCUUUUUUUGGUUGCCCGGUACCCCGCCGUCGCGUUUCACGAUGCGUCCGGUCACCCAGGCGCUCGAGGAGGAGAUCGAAGGCCUGAAGACGGAGCUCGUGCACGCCGAAUCAGCUAACGAUGAGCUUAACGUCGAGCUGCAGCUGCUGCAAGAGAUGGAGCUGGCGAGGUGAGAAAGAAGGGUGCGCUCGGGUGCGGCGACGUUCUCGCGAUUGGGUUCACGCCUCCCAGCCAGUUAGUCGUGCCGACUCUCUUGACAGUACCGGCGUUUUUUUCCUGCAUUCCAGGCAUAUGUGCCGACUGCACGCGCUCCUGGGUUCUCUCGGCCACAAAUCGCACAAA